AUGGACGAACUGCUGAACCCUCUCUUCGAGUCAUUGGUUCAUCCUCUCUUUACCUCUUGCAAACAAGAAGACCCCAAUCUCAAAUAUGACAUGCCAGUAAUUAUUGUGGCUGGAAAGAACCAUGUCGGAAAAAGUACCCUGUGUGCUCAUCUCAUGAAUGAAUUUAAUAUUCGUCCAACCGCAUACAACCUUUCCGACGACGUUGAAAUUGAGGAUGAAGAAGACUCCAACGACAGCAGCUGCGAUGAUCAAGACGAGGACGAGAGUUUCUCCAGUAAAUUUUUUCAAAUCUCUGUUCCGGGAGAAGUUCAAAAAUAUUUCAUCCUCUACAAGAGCCAUCAUGAGUCUCCUCUUCAUGCCGUAGGAAAUUCUCAUCCAUCGUCAUCAUCAUCGGGUGCACGAGGUCGAGAUCAGGAAUUGUUUUAUAUGGAGGCCUUUCAAAAUAAUGACGAUCAAUAUUAUCCAGUGGGUGCUGUUUAUUCGUUCCGUGAGGUUCAUAAGAUUAAGAGUUACCUUGAAAGGUUGGACUCGGAGUCGGUUUCCUUAGUAACUAUUACAUGUCCCAAAAGCUUUAGCUCUCUCUUAAGAAAAGGAAUGAUGUUGGUAGAUUGUUGUGGAAAUGAAUGUGAUUCUUGUACGAGAGACAAAUUUGAUCGUUUUAUCAAUCAUGGACCACUUCCAUCAUCGGCUCGUAAGAUUAUCCUUUAUGUGGUUUCUCGGGAUACUAUUGGAUCCAAAGACAAGGUGUUUCUUGAAUCCAUUCGAGAACAUGAACCUUUUUUAAUUGUCAAUCAAGCCGAUGGUCUCAAGGAUCUGCAAGAGGUGAGAAAUGAAGUGGAAGCAAAAUUAGAAACGUACUUCCACGAGUCAUGUCCACAUUAUUUACAACAACUGAAAUCAAGGAUUUACUUUCAUUCAUGUAUCGAUGAUUCUAUAACACACAGAGUGUACAUGGAUAUAUUCAGGCAGGCUGCAAUCUUUGCAUUGAAAUCAUUGGAGCAAUUUGCAGAGAGUAGAAAGAAAAGUUUAUUGCGAGACAUUGAUGUCAUGAAUGGAAGUGCAACCACUGAAAAGACUGAACAUGACUAUUUGCAAUUUACUCAAAAAUUUGACCAAAUGGUACAGGAUCAAAUCGUUUAUUGUAAAAGCCAUAUGGAAUCCGUUGAAGUGAAGGACAUGAUUAAGAACAAAGUCAAAACAAACUUUGAAAAAUUGUUAGAGCUUGAUGGAGAAACUUUCACAGCCACCAUUUCUACAAGCAAAUUGCUGGACAGAGAAAGCAAGAAAAUCAAAAAGUCUACCAUUGGUGCUGAAUAUCUCCAAGAAAUUUAUCGAUAUAUUGACAAACAAACUUGGUAUGAAAUAUUGAAUGAAGUUCAACACAUCACACUUCCAUUCAUCAACAAUACCUACACAUUGGUAGGCCAAUACUUCAAAUUCGAUACAAAUUUGACCCUUAAACAAGAUAAGGAACACUCAUUUACAUGGUCUGCUGUCAAUUACAUCAUGAAAUUAACUGCCACCGUAAGAUAUUUGGCGGCCAAGUUUAUACAGCGUACCUUAUCAAGUGACAACAUCAAACACAUUUCGCAAGAUCAUAUUGAGAACAUGGAUUGGAGUCAAGUUCCUAGUGUCAUCGAGUCGUUGAUCAAAAACUUUCAAGCAGCAGUCACAGCAAAGGCGAACGAAGAGAAACAACUCGUUCAAGAAAAAUGUAAAACAAAAAUUCUACAUGCUAGCUCCUUAUCAGAAAAACAUGUCGAUGGCCAAAUGAAUAGUCUAGCUUUCAUGAUGCAUGUGGGAAAUGUUGUGAAUUUGAUAUCUUAUUAUAAUUUUAAAGAACAGAGAAUUGACGGUUCUUAUCUCAAAAUCAUCAGACAUGUCGGAGGAGGCAGUUUUGGAAAUGUUUAUCAUGCAACCAUUGGAAAAGAAUCUGUGGCAGUCAAACACAUUGAAAAAGAGAAACUUAACGAUAACGUUUUUCAUGAGAUAUAUAAUUUAAUGACUUUGAACCACAACAACAUUGUGAAAAUGAAAGGUAUUCUACUAUUUAGCCAACCUGGAUUGAUAUUGGACGGAGAAGAGACGAAAGUGAAUUGGAAUCGGUUGUGUCAUAAACAGGAAGACAUUCAUUCUGUGCUGAUCAUUAUGGAAUACGGUGGAGAAAAUCUGGAUGUUUAUUUAAAAAAGAAUUUGUUAUUGGACAAAAAGACAAAACUUGAAAUUUUGAUUCAAAUUGGCGAAGCAAUUCUCCAUUGUCACAACCAUGAAAUUCUUCACCGUGAUGUCAAACUGAACAACCUUCUAAUAGACAAUAAUUCUGUUGUGAGACUUUGUGAUUUUGGAUUUUCCAAAGCUCUCUCUUUUGCAAGCGGAUCCUUUCUUGGGACUAGUCCUUUUCCUCCUGAAAUGAAUGCAGGAAACACUUAUGGAAAAAGUGUAGACAUCUUUAAAUUUGGAGAAAUUAUUAUGAGAGUUUGGAAUGGGGAUACAGUUUCUCCUACCAAUACCAACCACCCUGUGAAUGCUCUGGGAAUGCAAUGUCAGGAUUUGUUACCUGAAAAAAGACCGACCAUGGAACAAGCUUUAAAAAGACUUAAAACUAUCCAUGAAACGGAUUACAGAUAA